AUUAACAAUUCUAUUUUAAUUGGUUUUCGCGACUAAAAAAAAAUAGAAAAAAAAGAAAGACCAGUCCAGAGAAAACGAAAGUGCAUCUAGAACUAAUCUGAAUGAGCUGGCAUUGAAUACAUUACAAUGUCUAUGCUUGGAGGUAUGACCUUUGUGGAGCCGACAUCGCAUAAAGAUAUGCUGAUGCUUGCAGGAAGGUUGGUCGAUAAACAUUUACAAGAGGAUCGCAACAGUCUAGAUUUAUCUGAACUGCUACGGGUUCCCUUACAUUCCCAGCCCAGUGUAAGUGGCCUCCAUGACUUUGACUACCCUAGCUUACUGGAGACAGGCAUAGGCCUUGAUAACCUGUCUGAAAUAUCCAAUUUAAAGAGAGUACCACUGCCACCAGAGCUUGUGGAGCAGUUUGGACGAAUGCAAUGUAAUUGUAUGAUGGGACUGUUUCCAGAAAUAGAACGAGCGUGGUUAUCUAUCGAUAGCGACAUAUUUGUAUGGAAAUAUGAAGACGGAGGUGACCUUGCCUAUUUUGAUGGUAUCAAUGAAACAAUUUUAUCAGCAGCUCUGGUCAAACCUAAACAAGGUAUAUUUCAGCCACAUAUACAGUAUUUACUGGUUUUAGCAACUCCUAUUGAUAUAGUCCUCCUGGGUGCUAGCUUUACACACACAAAUGCAGAAUUUGAUGAAAUGCAUUUACUACCCGAGCCACUGUUUUCUAUACCCACUGACAACACGUACAUCAUGAAUAUAGUUGGUACAGACACUGGUAGAAUAUUUAUGGCAGGAAAAGAUGGAUGCUUGUAUGAAUUAGCAUAUCAGGCUGAUGAUGGCUGGUUCAGCAGAAAAUGUCGUAAAAUCAACCAUUCAACAAGUACCCUGUCUUUCUUGGUUCCUUCAUUUCUUAACUUCUCAUUUAGUGAAGAAGAUCCACUAGUGCAGAUCAGGGUAGAUAACUCACGAAACAUACUUUAUUGUCGGACAGAGAAAGGUUGUCUUCAAGUGUAUGAUCUCGGACAGGAUGGUAAAGGUUUAAGCAAAACAGCCGCCAUACCAUUACAAAAUAUUGUACAUAAUGCCUCUCAUGUAGCUAG